AAUCAGACAGUUUUCGAGUCUUUCGAAUAGUGGUAGCGGAAUAGUGGAGUGUCUUGUGGUUGUGUAUACCGGAGAUUGAACGUUCUUUAAUCGAAUGGUCUUUUUGUUGGAUGAAGUUGUAACCUUAAAAGUUGACGUUAAAGUAGCCGUUAAAAACCAUGUGCAAAUUGGCUGUUCCAACAUUUACCAAAGUCAAAGUUUUUAGUGGUUAAAUCAAAUAUAUGUGUGUCAAAACUAGUGAACGUAUUUUUGAUUGCGGCGAAAGGAUGCUGUUAAAUUUAUAAAGCCGUUCAAAUAAAUGUUAAAUAAAUACCUAAUAAGUGAGACGUCAUACGUUGUAACAUAAUCGUGAUAAUGUCUUAUAAUUCUACACUUGAUGACUUCUGCGGAUCUACAUUUUGGGAUAGUAACUUAACUUGGUACACAGAUAAUCCAGAAUUUACACCAUGUUUCGAGAAGACUGUUCUUGUUUGGACACCUUGUCUCUUCUUAUGGGUCGCAGCUUUAUUGGAAGCUUAUUACAUUUUGAACAGCAAGGAGAGAAAUAUACCAUGGAAUAUACUUAACAUCAGUAAAUUAGUUAUAACAUGCCUUUUGAUUGUAUUAAAGUUUGUGGACUUGGGUGUAACAGUCCAUAAAUCAUCAAAAGAUGAGGAGGUGUUCAACGCUGAUUAUUACAGUCCUAUUAUCAAGAUACUCACAUUUGCACUUUCAGCAACUUUGUUAUACUAUAAUAGAAAGUUUGGUAUGAGAGCUUCAGGUGUUCUGUUCUUCUUCUGGCUACUUCUAAUCCUGGCAGGGUUACCACAACUUAGAUCCGAAGUAGUAGCACAUUAUAAGUUGAUGGAUGAUGAAAAUGUACAAUAUAACUUUGUCAGUUACAUGAUAUACUAUCCUAUGAUUAUUUUGAUGUUUAUCCUGAAUUGUUUCGCUGAUUUACCGCCGAAAGACACGCCAUAUAAAUAUGAAAAGAACCAAUGUCCAGAAGGCGCUGCCGGGUUCCCUAGCCGUCUGACAUUCAGUUGGUUCGAUCCCCUCGCGAUCACAGGAUUCCGACGUAGUUUAACCGAAUCCGACCUUUGGGCACUCAAUCCACCGGAUUCGUCCAAAGAAGUUGUGCCCAGGUUUGAUAAAUACUGGGCUAGAAUACUACAAAAAAGGGAAAUGUCGAAUGGUACGAAAGCUACAUACAGCAAGACAUCGGCAAGUGUCAAUUUUAAGCCAGAGAAUGAAAAGAAACCAGCUUCGAUCCUGCCCGCGUUGUGUCUCGCGUUUGGUGGGCAGUUCUUUUUCGGUGCCUUACUCAAGCUCUUCAAUGACACACUUAUGUUCCUCUCGCCGCAACUGUUGAAGGUUCUAAUAGAAUUCGUUAAAGGUGACGAACCGGUAUGGAAGGGCUAUGUAUACGCCGUGGGGCUUUUAGCUUGUGCUACAGUACAGACUAUGUUGUUGGCGCAUUAUUUCACGAGAAUGUACUUUGUUGGUAUGAGAAUAAGGACCGCACUGACCAGCGCCAUCUAUAGAAAGUCUCUGCGGAUGUCCAACGCAGCGAGAAAGGAGUCCACCGUCGGAGAAAUCGUUAACCUGAUGUCGGUUGACGCACAAAGGUUUUUAGAGUUAACAGCUUACUUAAAUAUGAUAUGGUCGGCACCGCUACAGAUAGCCUUAGCCCUGUACUUUUUAUGGGGUAUUUUAGGACCCUCAGUACUAGCUGGGCUUGCUGUUAUGAUAGUACUUAUACCCGUCAAUGGUCUAAUUGCGAACAGAGUUAAAACAUUACAAAUAAAACAGAUGAAAUAUAAAGACGAAAGAGUCAAGCUGAUGAACGAAGUACUUAACGGAAUUAAGGUUCUCAAAAUGUACGCGUGGGAACCGAGUUUCGAGGACCAGAUACAUAAAAUAAGAAACAAAGAAAUGAUUGUUUUGAAACAAACUGCGUAUCUAAAUUCUGCAACGUCAUUCAUAUGGUCUUGUGCACCAUUUUUGGUGACCUUCCUUACUUUCUUCACGUAUGUGAUAUCAGACCCUGAGAAAAAUGUCCUGGCUCCAGACAAAAUAUUCGUGUCGAUGUCCCUGUUUUUUAUAAUGCACUUGCCAUUAGGUUUGCUGCCGCUCAUCGUGGUGUCAGUGAUCGAGACUUCUGUUGGUAUUAAAAGAUUAAACAAGUUCAUGAACUGCGAUGAACUCGACGUUAAUUCAGUGGAACACGACAAAAGUGAACCGGACCCUCUUGUGAUCGAGAACGGUCACUUCUCGUGGGGUGAGGAGCAGCCGGUGUUACGCAAUAUUAGUGUGCGCAUCCCGCGCGGCUCACUGGUGGCCGUCGUGGGCGCCGUAGGCUCCGGCAAGAGCUCUCUGCUCGCCGCGCUGCUAGGCGAGAUGGACAAGAUCUCAGGACGUGUAAACACACUCGGCAGUAUAGCAUACGUACCGCAACAAGCUUGGAUACAGAACGCAACCCUACAAGACAAUAUAUUAUUCGGCAAGCCAUUAGAUAAAUCCAAGUAUAGCAAUGUUAUCGGCGUAUGUGCUCUCAAGCCCGACUUCGAUGUUUUGCCCGGCGGGGACCAGACGGAGAUCGGAGAAAAGGGUAUCAACUUAUCAGGAGGUCAGAAGCAGAGGGUAUCGCUCGCUAGAGCAGUAUACCAUGAUGCUGAUAACUAUUUCCUCGACGACCCCCUCAGUGCUGUAGACUCGCACGUUGGCAAACAUAUCUUCGACAAGGUGAUAGGUCCGAGUGGGUUACUGAAGGACAAGACUCGCGUGUGGGUGACGCACAACGUGACGUACCUCGCGCAGACAGACCUGGUGCUGGUGCUCCGGGACGGCCAGGUCUCUGAGGCGGGCACUUACCAGCAGUUGCUGGAGAAGAAGGGCGCCUUCGCCGACUUCCUGCUACACCAUCUCAGUGAUGCCGAGAGGACCUCGCCUGAAGAACUGGACGAGAUUAAACAAGAGUUGGAGAGCAAGUUGGGUUCAGAAUUCCAGAAUAAGCUGCAGCGCGCGCGUUCUCUGUCUGAGAGCGCGUCGGAGUCGGACCAGCCUGCAGCCGGAGAUAGAACAGGCAGCGUAAAGAGACGAACACCAGAAGAGAGCACUCCUAACGAACUCAAAGAGAAGAACAAACUUAUUGAAGUUGAGAAAACUGAAACCGGCAGCGUGAAAUGGACGGUAUACAAGCACUACCUGACGAGUGUGGGCGUGCUGGCGUCAGUGGUCACCAUCCUCAUGAACCUCGUGCUGCAGCUGUUCCAGGUCGGCUCCAACUACUGGCUCUCCGAGUGGUCCAACGAUAAAACUAUCAUCUCAGAAAAUGGUACAUUAGACAAGAGCAAACGGGACCUAUAUCUAGGAGUAUACGGAGGCCUUGGUGUUGGACAAGUGGUGUCGGUGUCGGUGUCGUCGCUGGCGCUGUACCUGGGCACGCUGGCGGCGGCGCGCGCGCUGCACGCGUCACUACUGGCGGGCGUGCUGCGCGCCCCCACCAUCGGCUUCUUCGACUGCACGCCCGUCGGCCGCGUGCUCAACCGCUUCAGCAAGGACAUCGACGUGCUAGACAACGUGCUGCCAAUGACGCUCCGAGGAUGGACCUCGUGCUUCUUCUCGGUAUUGGGCACGUUGUUUGUGAUAAGUUUCUCGACGCCGAUCUUCAUGAGCGUGAUACUCCCAAUCGGACUGCUGUACUACGUCAUCCAACGUUUCUACGUGGCCACGUCCCGGCAGCUCAAGAGGCUGGAGUCGGUCUCCCGCUCACCGAUAUACUCCCACUUCGGGGAGAGCAUCACUGGAGCCACUACGAUACGAGCAUACGGUGUCACCAACAGAUUUGUGGAAGAGUCAGAGCGGGGCGUGGACCACAACCAGUCGUGCUACUACCCGAGCUGCAUCGCCAACCGGUGGCUGGCGGUGCGGCUGGAGAUGAUCGGCAACUUCAUCAUCUUCUUCGCGGCGCUGUUCGCCGUGCUCGACAGAAGCUCCACCAAUGCCGGCCUCGUCGGACUCUCUGUUAGCUACGCUCUGCAGAUUACACAAACACUCAAUUGGUUGGUGCGUAUGACAUCUGAGGUGGAAACAAACAUUGUUGCUGUGGAGAGGAUAAAGGAGUACGCUGAAACUGAACAGGAGGCGGCGUGGAUGGUGGGCAACGGUCCAGGUGCGACGUGGCCGGAGACGGGCGCGCUGCAGCUGGAGCGGCUGACACUUGGCUACCGAGCGGGAGAGCCAGCACUGCGCGACCUCACCUGUACCGUCGCACCCAGAGACAAGCUCGCCAUUGUCGGCCGCACCGGCGCCGGCAAGUCCACACUCACACUGGGACUCUUCAGGAUAGUGGAGGCGAUGAGCGGCAAAAUUCUUAUCGACGGUAUCGACAUCUCCACAAUCGGGCUGCACCAGCUGAGGUCUCGUAUCACCAUCAUCCCGCAGGACCCGGUGCUGUUCUCGGGCACUCUGCGUAUGAACCUCGAUCCCUUCGACGCAUACACCGAUGAGGAUAUCUGGCGCUCGCUGGAACAUGCGCAUCUUAAGACCUUCGUACAAGGUCUGCAAGCUGGUCUCCGUCACGAGAUCUCUGAAGGCGGGGAGAACCUGUCUGUGGGUCAGCGGCAGCUGGUAUGCUUGGCGCGAGCGCUGCUGCGCAAGACUCCGCUGCUCGUGCUCGACGAGGCCACCGCCGCAGUGGACCUUGAGACUGAUGAACUCAUACAGAAAACGAUUCGUUCAGAAUUCGCGUCAUGUACAGUACUAACUAUCGCUCACCGUCUCAACACAAUAAUGGACUCGACGCGUGUGAUGGUGCUGGACAAGGGUCAGCUGGUGGAGUACGCGCCUCCAGAACAGCUGCUGCAGGACAAGACCUCCAUCUUCUACGGCAUGGCCAAGGAUGCUGGUCUCGUCAAUUAAAUAACUCGGUCUACAUACUUCAACACAUCUUGACUCAACGUACUUAUAAUAUGAAUUAAAAAAAAAACUGGUCAUCCAAUCCUCACUUAAAGUAUACCAUUGUAGAAACUUUGUAUAUUUGUUUAGUUUUAGUAUUACUUGUUAAUUUAAUAAUAUUUCUUGUAACCAUUCCCGGGUAAGUUUAGAAAAUCUU